AUUCCGCUGAGGAAAGAUUUCUGUUUGAGCGCGCUUUAGCGUUUAAGGUGUAUAUAACGAUAAAAAAAACGUCCAAAAGUACAAUUAAUUGUGUACAGAACUAUCAAAUAACAUAAUAACAUGGAAUUUGUGAAAUUAAUAUCGAAUAUAAUAUCAUAAUGCGUCGCGAAUGGCGCAAAUGAUUUCUUUCUCUACGAAUACACUCUUGGCCAUAGUAGGAUUCGCAGGAGGAGGAGAGAAAGAUCCAGAGCAGCGGAGGGGGAGUGUCUCCGACCGCGAGAAACACACACACAUACCGGGGCACCACGCGACUUCAGUUCAAACAAACCAGCGCGGUCCUCUGCAAACAGAGGAGCUCUUCCCGGUUAGACGUCUUUACCUGCAAGUCUCCGAAAACGUAUCGCCGUCAGACAAUUGAGUUUGAAUAGGUGUAUUGUGGCCGCUGGUGUAUUGUGAUUGAGGGGAAGCAUGCAGGCUCACAGUCCCAGCAGCGGAGCUGUACGGUGGGCCAACCACUGAAUACGGUCCUGGACCGUCCCAAAGACUUGCACCAUCUCACCCCAGUGGAGGCCCUUUAAACAAGCACCGCCGGACAAGUGUGCGUGUGUGUGAGAGAGAAAGCGAUAGUGUGUGUGUGUUGCCAUGGCUUUCACACUUUCCGAAAUCAUGGCAGCCCGACGACAGCAGCAACAGUCUCAGAGAAGCGGAAGAGGAGUGGUAGAGGUGGACGAAUACAGCGCCAACCCGACUCAAGCCUUUACCUUCUACAACAUCAACCAGGGUCGCUUCCAGCCGCCCCACGUCCAUAUGGUAGAUCCGUUACCCCACGACACCCCCAAGCCCCCGGGCUACACGCGGUUUGUCUGUAUCUCUGACACGCACUCACGCACUGACACUAUUCAGAUGCCGUACGGUGACGUCUUACUGCACGCUGGAGACUUCACAGAGCUCGGCCUGCCCAGCGAAGUCAAGAAGUUUAACGACUGGCUUGGCACUCUGCCUUACGAGAUAAAAAUCGUUAUAGCCGGGAACCACGAGCUGACGUUCGAUCAGGAGUUUAUGGCGGACCUGAUUAAGCAGGAUUUCUACUACUUUCCUUCGGCCUCCAAACUCAAGCCAGAGAACUACGAGAAUGUUCAGUCCCUGCUCACCAACUGCAUCUACCUGCAGGACUCUGAUGUUACCGUCAGGGGCUUCCGCAUCUACGGCUCACCGUGGCAGCCAUGGUACUACGGCUGGGGUUUUAAUCUACCACGAGGACAAGCACUGCUGGACAAGUGGAAUCAGAUCCCAGAUUCCACGGAUAUUCUUCUCACACACUGCCCUCCUCUGGGUUUUUUGGACUGGGUGCCCAGGAAGAUGCAGCGUGUUGGCUGUAUGGAGCUAUUGAACACUGUCCAGAGGAGAGUUCAGCCCAAACUACAUGUAUUUGGACACAUUCAUGAAGGUUACGGUAUGAUGAACGAUGGAACCACCACGUUCGUUAAUGCCUCAGCGUGCACGGUGAACUUCCAGCCUAUGAACCCGCCCAUCGUUUUCGACUUGCCCAAUCCCAGGAGCUCAUGAUUGAACUGGGAUCCGCCCACUGCCCCCUUCUUUCAAUCAGGGUCCCUUUUUGAGCAUGUACGGAUGCUGCGUAGUGUAUAUAGAGCGGACGAGAGAUGUUAAUUUGGAUACUCCCAAGGAUAUUUCCAUCCAUUUUUGUGACGUGUGACACUCUCAGACACAAAACAGUGGCGUUCUGCCUCACUGACACGGAAGUUUGAACUGCUUUCUGAAUUUGACUCUUGCGUUGCACUUGAAUCAGCGUGACAAUCGCGUGUACUUAAAGUCAUGGAAGCCAAUCAGUGCUCGAGAUGAAGGAAAGCCAAGCUUUCUUCUCAUUGGCUGGCACUUAUUUAAGGAACUUUGUAACCUUGUAGCCUCAAUGGACAUCUGACUUGGAAAAAACUUUUUUCUUUUGCUCUGGAUCCACUCUUGAAAGUUACAGGAUGUGCCCAGAGGAAACACUGCGCUAUGGUGCAAACAAGUUUGUUCAGGGUCUUUACCAUUUCUAUCUUUCUCGCUCUCUCUUUCUCUGGGUCUCAGUUUCUCAUCCUACUUUUUCCUAUCUGCUCUGUUGUUAUAUGUUGCUCUUUUGAACUUGGGGCCAUGUUGGGUUUCACUGGGAGAUGAAAUGGGCCCUAAACAGGAAUGUAACAUUUAAAAAAUAUUGAUGGUGAAAAAGAAAUGUUCUCCACAUUUUCAUGCCUCCUUUAUUGUUCGAUUUACUGUAAACGUGUAAAAUUGUGAGUGUGUUUUCAAGCAAACGGUCCUUUACUAAAGCAGUGCGGACUUUUACAGUAGUUUGAAGUGUUUGUUUAAGGUCAAAUAUUUAAAAGUUCUUCUAAAGCGCCGCUGUUAACGUCCCUCCUCCGAAUAUCAAACACUCGCCAUGCACGCCAAAUGCGCUUUUGCAUAACAAGAAUAUGUUGCACUUUGAUCCACAUGCUCCCCACUAUAAUUUAUUAACAUUCCUCCUGGCGAUAAUUUAUUCCCAUGUGUUUUACAGCUCUUCAGCAUUAACUGUGUGUGGCAUUAGGCCUAAUAUGACGGUUUUGUUAGAUGUGCAGAGGGUUUUCAUCUCCUCCAUAUAAAUGGAUGAAUAAAAAUGAACAAAUCGAACGAAUUAUCGCUCUGCGUGUGUGUGUGUGUGUGUGUGUGUGUGCGUCUGUGGGCUCCUGUGUGUACGAACGCGAUCAAUUGCUCCUCUUUUAUAGCCCGAGGAAAAGAACGAAUCAGAGCACUGAGAGAUCGAAGAGAUAAAAAGAAAAAUAUUGGAAACGCCAACUAGGAAGGAUGAGCUGAUGUCUGAGAGGUGGAUUUCUGUCUCAUCUUUCUUUCUUUAUUUUUUAAGGGUUUUUCUUGCUGUUUGUACACUUGUUUGCAUUCGGUCAGAGGUGCUUCGCACUCUCUUGUGGCUUUCCUCUUUUUUUCUUUCUUCAUUCAUUCAUGCCCGUAUGAGGCCUUUUCUUCGAAGACGUUGUCGUCAGGUUUACUGCUGUGUUCCAGUUAUUUUUUCCCCAGCAUGCUGUUCUGAAUUUCCAAACAGAUUCUGUGCGUUGUUAAUUCAGUGUGUUGUGAAAUUUCAAUGAUAAAGAUACAAUUUGGGUGAUUCUUUUGUUUUUUGUCACUUAAUUUCGCCAUCUAAAGAGUUAUGGUGUUGAAUAAAUUCUAGCAGAGAUUAAUUCUCUGUCAAAACUGCUUCUUUUUUUGUUCUGGAAGAGAUCAUUUACAGGAGAAAAAAGAGUAAAUGUCUACACACUAAUAUCAAUGCUUCAAUUAUCGAUAAUUAUGUUCUUGUCAUGGCCAAUGCCUUAUAAAUGGCUAAUAUUGAAAUUAUGGACUAGUUUGUAUAUAUAAAUUAAAACACUUACAGAAAAAUAAAUCAUUUUAAAAGACACAAGCGAAUUUAUC